AUGGUUGAUUUACCCCGACCAGAUUGCAAAGAAGUACUAAAGUUUCUGGAUGAGGGAAUUGGAGAUGACGAAACUCACACAAAGCCUGAAAAUGCGCCCAUGUCUAGGGGCUCCUCAGAGCUGAAUACGGCAAUAACAACUGCCAGUAGUGGAAUCGAAAGCAUGGAUAGCGGAAUUUGGAUGGUGAAAUUCAAGGACGAUGGUGCAGAAGAGAAAUCUCUGGAGGGCAAGAAGCGUCAAUUCAAAAAAAGCUCCCUGUUAGCUGAGAAUUCAUCCAGGUUAACUGAUUCUCGGGAGAGAAAAAGUGUAUGUCUUCCAGCUUAUCAUAUUUUUUUGUUUUAA